AUGGCCAUUGUCUUGGUCACCAAAGCAAAACCUUCAUGCUCAUCGAUAUUACUCUUAUCGCCAAACAGUCCCACAAAUCAAGCAUCACAUUAAAUUUCGUAGCACUGAAGAGUGAAAACUUCAGGUGUGUGGAGAUGAGCCUCUUCGAUGGAUUACUUCCUCUGCUACUAAUUGUGUUUACUAUGACCCCUGUGAUACAAGCUUCAAACAGAACUACAAGCCUUCCAUCUGCUGCCACGCUUGCAGGUUGCCAAAGAAGCUGCAGUAAUCUGACCAUCGACUAUCCCUUUGGAAUUGGAUCAUCCCAUUGCUCUAGGCAGCCCGAUUUCGAGCUCAUCUGCAACAAUACCACACAACCACCAAGGCUGUUAUUCAAGAAUGGCACCACUGAGAUCAUUGACUCUCCCAGUACUGAAUAUUUGGACGUUAUGUUUUCCCAUUCCAUCUCCAUGAAAUCCAAUGUCAGUGUGUACAACAUGUCAUGGGAUGCUCCUGGGAAAUCUUUCACCCUUGGAUAUGCUAGACUAAACAUCACCGGCUGUGAUUUCGAUAUAUACCAGGUGCUCGAUCAAAGUGGAAAUGUUCCUGCCAAGCUUUGCAACGUUACAUGCCCAAACAGGGGAAUCACAGAGGACAUUGCUAGGCAGGACUGCAAUGGCACCGGAUGCUGCUCCAUCGAUGUUCCAAUUCGUGCUCAGACCUUACAGCUUAUGUUUGUCCGCCAUGGCAAAGGGGCGGUCGAACUUGACGCACAAUCCAACCAAAGCUCCCUGUGGAGCACAAUCAAUGUAACAACAGUUUACGCUGUCAUUUUGUGGAGAAUCCUGGACCAACCGACGUGUGCCAGCACCUUCGAUAACAGGACCAACUAUGCCUGUAUUAGUGAGCACAGCAAAUGCAUGGAUGGCUAUUUCGCACCGAUUCUUGGUUACAAUUGCUUAUGUGAUGGUGGGUACCAAGGAAAUCCAUAUAUACUAGAUGGCUGCUCACGUGAUAGAGGAUAUAAUCCAUUCCAACAGAAGGAUGUCUGCGACAGAAAGUGCGGGAGCAUUGAUGUCCCAUAUCCAUUUGGCCUAGAAGAAGGGUGCGCUGCAAGGAAAUCAUUUCAGCUAAACUGCACAAACAUGUUAUCGUCCAGCCUCCAACUGAACGAUGAAUACCAUGUAACGUAUAUAAAUGUCAGCAAUGGGCUCAUGGGCGUAGAAGACACCACAGAUUACAAACAGUACAUGUAUGGGAUGCGUGUGACGCAGGAGCCUCAACUCUAUAUCGGAUCUGGGGAAUCAGCCUCAGUGCAAUGGGCUGUUGCUAAUCUAACCUGCCUAGAGGCACAGCAAAAUAUAUCUGGAUAUGCUUGUGUUAGCAUCAAUAGCACAUGCUUGGGUGUCAACUCAACAGAUGAUUACAUUGGGUAUCGGUGUAGUUGCACACUUGGCUUCCAAGGAAAUCCAUAUAUCCAAGAUGGUUGCCAAGAUAUUAAUGAAUGUUUGGUGCCAAACAAAUGUAAAGGAGUAUGCUACAAUACUCCUGGAAGUUACCGUUGCACUGCUUGCCCUGAUAAAACACAGUAUGAUAUGACAACAAUGCAGUGCACCCGGACAAGAAGACAAAGUCUUAUGUUAGGUGUUGUCAUUGGACUUAGCUGUGGCUUCAGCAUCCUACUUCUCAGCUUAGGAAUAAUGCUUCUCAUUCAUAGAUGGAAAAAAGACAUACAAAAGCAACUACGAAGGAAGCAUUUCCAAAAGAACCAAGGACUUCUGCUGGAACAACUAAUAUCUUCGGAUGAAAAUGCAAGUGAGAACACAAAGAUAUUCUCUUUAGAUGAGCUAGAGAAGGCAACAAACAACUUUGAUCCUACACGUAUUCUUGGUCAUGGAGGGCAUGGCAUGGUGUACAAAGGCAUUCUAUCUGACCAACGUGUGGUUGCAAUAAAAAGGUCUAAGCACAUUGAGGAAGGAGAGAUCAGUCAAUUCAUUAAUGAGGUAGCAAUUCUGUCUCAAAUAAAUCAUCGAAAUAUAGUGAAAUUAUUUGGAUGUUGUCUUGAAACCGAGGUCCCAUUAUUGGUAUAUGACUUUAUUCCCAAUGGUUCAUUAUUUGGUAUUCUCCAUUCUGGUUCAAACAAUGGUUUCUCCUUGUCAUGGGAUGACUGCCUAAGAAUUGCAGUGGAAGCUGCAGGAGCUCUCUAUUAUCUCCAUUCGGCAGCUUCAGUAUCAGUGUUCCAUCGUGAUGUGAAAUCCUCUAAUAUACUUCUAGAUGCAAACUACACCGCUAAAGUAUCAGACUUUGGUGCUUCGAGAUUGGUUCCCAUUGACCAAACUCAUGUUGUCACAAAUGUACAAGGCACAUUUGGUUACUUAGAUCCAGAGUAUUAUCAUACCGGGCAGCUGAAUGAGAAGAGUGAUGUAUAUAGUUUUGGUGUGGUACUUGUGGAACUACUACUCAGAAAAGAGCCUAUUUUUACAAGGGUGUCAGGAUCAAAGCAGAAUUUGUCCAAUUACUUUCUCUGGGAACUGAAGGUGAAGCCAAUCACGGAGAUUGUUGCUGCUCAAGUUCGUGAGGAAGCUACUGACGAAGAGAUAGAGAGUGUCGCUUCUCUUGCACAGAUGUGCUUGAGGCUCCGAAGUGAAGAUAGACCUACUAUGAAGCAAGUUGAAAUGAAUUUACAGUUCUUGCGAACAAAAAGGUUGAACUCAUGCCCUGAUGCUCUAGACAAAGCUGAAGAGAUGCAGCCUUUGCUAUGUACAAGAUCUGAAGCUAGUUGUGCAUCAUUGGCGAUUAACUUGGGUGACAGUUAUAACCCUGAGUCUCAAAGUAGCCACAAAUGCUAUAGCUUGGAGCAAGAGUUUAGUUCAUCAGUUGGGUUGCCACGGUAAGUUGCUCAGAGCCAUGCUAUAAUAUGAAAUUCAAUUGAGCUGUGGAGGAAAAUGAUUGGAUGUUUUCAGAUCUAGACAGGUCUGAAAUGUAUCAACUCCUCAAUGUGGUCUACCAUUUUAUUAAUUAUUAUCCCAAAUAAUGUACAAUUCCUUUUAUAUCUCUUAGGUACCAAGUAUCAUGUAUGCUAGAGCACUUGUUUAUAAACAACAGGAUUAGUCUGAUGCGCUAUUAUGCUGAUACUGUGAUUGCUCAUAACAUGCGUACACUUCUUUGUUAUGAGAAGCACAUACUUCCAAUGUGGGUGUUUCAAAAGUUUAGUCCCAUGUAUAAAAUAUAUGAUGAAUAUAUCUAGGUGAGAAAUGGUUGGAAAAUACUA